AUUGAGACGUUGAAAAGUUUAUAUUCAAGGCGCUGUUUUCUGUCAUCACUGGCUUGACACACAUACCUAUUACAUGGAUGGGGCUCCAAGUUGGUUUGGAAAAGGAAAGGACAGUAUUUCUUCUCUGAGGACUCUGUUAUCCUUGUCUUUAAAUGGGUAUAAUUUGUUUCAAGGAGUUAGAAACAAUAACACAGCAGAUCUCUAAUCUCUGAGUCUGGCCUGCACUAUCAGAUGGCGUGCUUUACUGCCCACAUAGAGAAAGCUUAUUUCAUUCUCGGGGGGCAAUGAUGUUGGCUAUUCAGGUUUUGGGGUUUUUUUUUUUCCUUUUCAAUAUAUCUUUGGACCAAAAUCUGUAAUGGUAAUUUUCUGUAUUACUGGAGGGGAUAAAAACCUGGGGUGAAGAGUGUUCAUGUGAAAGUAGAAUGAAUUAGUAAGCCAGGGGUGUGUAGGGCGGCUGUGAGAGAGACAGUCCCAAGCAAAAGAUCGUGCAGACAUUAUAUACGUUACUGCCUUAUCCUGUUUUCUCGUCUCUUGAGUUAUUGGCUGACUCCUUGAACAUGAUGAAGUUAGAAUACGCAUUCCCCCAUCACAUGGAUUGCAGCUUUUCAGAAAGGCAAGCCACAGAACAGUUUUAUCUGAACCUGAUGUCAUGAGAUUCUAGAGUCUGCUGUCAUCACAUUCUGUGUUAUCGCCAUGUUAAUUCCACACACAGGUUAAGUGUUCAGUCUUCUGACCUGUUCCACCUACACAGGGCAUUUUUAUGGCUUAAGGAUGAUGGCUUAGGAAGGAAGGGAGAGAUUUCCUUUGGAUUAAAUUCAAUAUGGGAAAAUACUUAAGCCGCAGCAAACAGGACCAGAACUUGCGACCAAAUUAUCCUGCAGAUCAAGUUACUUCAGACCCCCUGCGGCAUGAAGCUUCUUCUUUAACUCCUCGAUCUCUUAAUCCUAAAAGAACUCGUCUGUCUGCAAUAUGUAAUGUCAAUUCACGUAGAGGAAGUAAACAUUUAUCUUCUACUCACUCGUCUCUCUGUGGAAGAAGACAUUCUUUACUUGCUAAACUUCAGAAAAGCAAUAUUUUCCCUGACCAUCAACACAGUAGAGCUAACUUUGAUUCUCAAGAAAAAAGAACCUCCCGUGAUUUAAAAUCUUCCUCAGACCAUCUUAGCCUUAGAUUACAAGGUUUUUUCUCUACCCCUAAACUCAGUAUAAUUUCCUGUUAUGAGAAUGCUAGUUUUUUUGAUCUUCAAUCAAGUGGUCAAAGCAUCUUUAAUACAGACGAAAUUGAAAGAGUUUCUAAAAACUCAAGUAUUUCUGUUGCUGAAAAAUAUCUAAGCUCUUGUUCUCCUCAGUUUAACCCUACACAUUUUAUGAGUUUGGGAAUAAGAGCUAAUCCUUCAGCCCAUCUACACACUGUUGGUGGAAACACCUGUCAACCUAGCACAUCAGCCUUAGCUUCCCUUCGAGGUAUUGUUUCCUACACCUGUCAACAAAACGAAACUGCCACCGAUAUUGAAGAAAGAGGCCAGUCAAGGUAUAUUACAGCUAAUACUGACACAGAAGAACAGAGUUUUCCAGUCGCUAAGGCAUUUAACACACACAUAGAGGAGUUAAAUUUAGAUGUCCUUCUUCAGAAGGCUGAUAAUUUACGUAUGAAUGAAUGUAGCAAGUUGGAGAGUUUCGAACUACUUUGUGAUCACAAAGAAAAGUUUAGAGAUGAAAUAGAGUUUAUAUGGCGGUUAGCUCGUGCUUAUGGAGACAUGUAUGAGCUAUCUACUAACGCACAAGAAAAAAAACAUUAUGCUAAUAUCGGAAAGACAUUAGGGGAGAGAGCUAUCACUAGAGCACCCACGAAUGGACAUUGUCAUCUGUGGUAUGCGGUUCUGUGUGGCUAUGUAUCUGAGUUUGAGGGCUUACAAAACAAAAUCAACUAUGGACAUCGCUUCAAGGAACAUCUAGAUAAAGCAAUCCAAUUUUUACCUGAAGAACCCUUUUUGUAUUACCUCAAAGGAAGAUACUGUUAUACUGUCUCAAAACUGAGCUGGAUUGAGAAAAAGAUGGCCGCUACUCUGUUUGGAAAAAUACCAUCCUCAACUGUAGAAGAAGCUUUGCAAAAUUUCCUUAAGGUUGAAGAACUACACCCUGGUUUUUCUAAGUCCAAUUACUUGUUCUUGGCCAAGUGUUACAUCGAUCUUGAACAAACAGACAACGCUGUGAAGUUUUGUAAUUUGGCAGUGUUGCUUCCUUGUGUUACCAAAGAGGAUACAGAUGCGCAGAGAGAAGUAAAAAAAAUAACCAGUUCCUUGAAGAGUGACCCAUCGAGAUACCCAGAUCGGUUCGACUGAUUCUUGCCCAAACUCUGACACCCGGUCUCACGUUGACACUGCUGGCUGGAAGGGACAGGAGUCUCAGUAGGUCCCUGCACAGAGCCCUGGUGUCCACAGACUAGGAUGCCUCUGGCUCUCUCUAAACAGCUCCAGGAAUGUGCCAGUUGAGACGGUGAUUGUCACUAGCAGCAAAUGACAGAAUCAACCACAUUGUGGGAGCAGCUCAUCCCAGCAGAGAGCAGUGCAGAGACUUCUGCUAGGAAUUAUGAGGGACAUCUAAGCGAUCUCCAUGUGUUUUAACAAAAUUCCUGUUGGGUCCCUGGAGUCAAUAUGCCUUCAGGGGACAGACUGAUGUCCCUUCGUUAAGUGAUCCUGUUUCUGGAUAAGGACCCCAAUGGGAAUGUAACACUCCUAAAAGUUACUUGAACCUUUAAAGCAUUCAGAAUUGUUGACACACUUAACAAUUUCUUCAGUAGGAUGUUAGCAGAGGAAACCUCCCCCUCGUCAUGUUAUACUGGAUCCCCUUCAUGCUGUCUGGGUCACGACGGAACAGUUUCCACGUUCAGUCUGCCCCGGUGAAAAGCGGAGUCUUUUUCUCAGCGGGCAGCACUGUUUUACUUCUGCAGUGAACUUCGCACGAAGGGAGUCAUGUGAACUGGCUGUCGCUUUCUUUCUAUGGUUACUUCACUCCACUCGUGCUGCUGACCUGGGAGAAGACAGAAUCGCUCCAGAGACCUUCUGGAUGAUUUCUCCCCGGGGGUCCCUAAGGCCAAGCUAGUGACGCGUCAGCCACCACAAGGAAAACACGCAGACUCCUAAACUCCAUGCAAAUUGCAAAGUUAUCUUUCUUACUGAAUAAUGAAUGAUCUUUGCUGGAACACGAAAAACUCCAUUGUGCCUAAUGGUUGUCAAAAAGCUGCUCAUUUGAUAAUAUUUGUAUGAUUUAGAAUGAUAAAAAGUGUUAACAGCUGCAUGUGACCAUGGAGACAGUCUUCUAGACCAACCUUCUCAUUUUCCCUUCUCAUUUAGAUCAGAGUCUAAUCUCUGAUGCAUAAAUCACAUGGAAGGGGUCAGGGAGCUGGGGACUGGCCGAGACAGGACUGGGUUCCAGCUCUCGGAAUCUUGUGCUUUCUGUGGUCUUCUCUGAGCCCAGGAAUUUUUACAUUUAACUGAUUGGAGCCCAGCCUGUCAGUGGUAGAUUAGGGAGCAGCUCCGGGAAUGGUAACACUGCAGGGUAUUAACCCGUGGUUCUGCCUAGUUCAAGUGCUUUACCUACCACAGUGGCCCGAUGAGAAGGAACAUUUGGUAUUACCCUAUUUACAGACGGGGCAGCUAAAGCAGGAGGCAUUAAAUACCAUACGGAGCACGGGAUGAGAUUUGAACUUGGGCAGUCUGCUCCAGUCCGCGCUAUAGUCGGAACCACUGUGCAAUCCUGCCAGCAAAUGGGGGUCAAGGGGAUGUGGUGGUAAAAGACAGAAGGUAGGAG